AUGCAUCUCCAAAGUCUCUUGGCAUUUGGUCUUCUCUCAUCGUCUGUCUUGGCUGCUCCCAGCAAUCAGCAGCGUGAUUCUGACGACCCGCAGCCCAUCAGUGGUAGCAAGGGUGCUCCUAUCUUAGGUGGUACCGAUCCUGCCCAGGAUGCUGAGAACCCUGAUCAGUUCCGUACCAGCAGCACUGAUAACGGCUUUGUGCCUAACGUCAAAUGGAGCUUCUCGCAGUCUCAAACCAAGCUCUUUCCCGGAGGCUGGUCUCGCGAGCAGGUCAUACAGGAUCUUCCGCAGAGCCACGAUAUUGCGGGUGCUCAACAGCACCUAAAGAAAGGCGCCAUCCGUGAAUUGCACUGGCACCGAACGGCCGAAUGGGGCUUCGUUUACAACGGCUCCCUUCUCCUCACUGGUGUGGACGAGAAUGGUGCUUUCACCACCGACACCCUUGAAACUGGAGAUAUUUGGUAUUUCCCCAAGGGCGUUGCCCACAAUGUUCAGGGCUUGGAUGAUGAGAACGAGUACCUUCUCGCCUUUGAUGAUGGAGACUUUGAAAAAAUUGGAACAACCUUUAUGGUAACUGACUGGAUUACCCACACACCCAAAGAUGUCCUUGCCAAAAACUUUGGCGUCAGCCCUGAUGUAUUUGCGAACGUCCCCACCAAGUUCCCCUACAUUCUGAACGGAACUGUGAGUGCCGACGCAGCCAAGACUCCAGAGGGGACUCUGAAGGGCAACAGCUCGUAUGUCUACCACACGUACAAGCACCCAUCAGAGCCUGUGCCUGGGCACGGCGGUACUCUCCGCAAGAUUGAUUCCCGCAACUUCCCCAUCUCGCAGACUAUUGCUGCUGCUAUUGUCGAACUGGAGCCGAAGGGCCUCCGUGAGCUUCACUGGCAUCCGAACGCCGAGGAAUGGCUCUACUUCCACCAGGGCCAGGCUCGUGCCACCGUCUUCAUCGGCUCUUCCAAUGCCCGAACGUUCGACUUCGUUGCUGGUGACACUGCUGUCUUCCCGGACAACUCGGGGCACUACAUCGAGAAUACCUCUGAGACCGAGAAGCUAAUUUGGAUCGAACUCUACAAGAGUGACCGAGUUGCCGAUAUUUCCUUGGCGCAGUGGCUUGCACUCACCCCACCGGAUGUCGUUGCUGAUGUCUUGAAGAUAGAUAUUGAUGUAGUCAGGCAGAUCAAGAAGCAGAAGCAGAUUUCUGUUAAAGGUAAAUGA